AGCUGAAGUUACCUCCCUUAAAAUCAAUAACGCCAUUUGCAACUAAAUUUGACCAAAGUCCAAUUUCAUUAGUAAACUGUUAAUAAAAUGUGAAAUAUUUAAAGUCAUCAUAAUUUAACCGUUAGACUGAUAAACAAACACCUCUCGAAAAAGGUGAGACAGUGACUAUGGGUGUGUUUGGACUGUCGUGGACUAGUGUUGUACUGAGUAUAGCAGCUGGUUAUCUGCUUAUAGUUCUAAUUCAGCGGUACUUGAAAUUCCGUCGCAAAGCUCUAAUCUUGUGCAAAAUACCAGGUCUGAAAACAGAAUUUCUCUUCGGGAACUCUAGACAGAUGCCAGGUCUGAAUGAGGAAGCUCUGAAAUGGAUGCAUGACAACUGUACUGAGAGACCGAAGAUUUCCUCGGGUUGGCUGGGCCCUUUUAUUCCAAUGGUAAACAUAGUGCAUGCUGAUACUAUCAAAGACAUCUUAAAAUCUUCAGCACCAAAGAGCAGAAGCCUGUAUGGCUUGGUGAUGUCUUGGCUCGGAGAAGGCUUGUUGGUCAGUAAUGGUGAAAAAUGGCUGCGGAGUCGACGACUGCUGACACCAGCAUUUCAUUUUGAUAUUCUCAAAUCCUACCUGGAGGUGAAAAACAGAGCAUCAGAUGUUCUUGUAGGCAAAAUACAGGCAUAUGCAGACAAGAAUCAAUAUUUUGAAGUUUUUGAAAAUACUUGUAUGUUUUCACUGGAUGUAAUUUUACAAUGUGCAUUUUCCUACAAGAGUGAUUGCCAAACAUCAAAAACAAAUCAGCCCUAUGUUCAGGCAGUGUCUGAAUUAAAUGAACUUCUGGCAGAUAGAUUCUUUAAAUUUUGGCUGUACCCUGAUUUUAUUUAUUAUCUCACAUCAAAUGGAAGGCGAUGGAAAAGAGCUUGUGAUCUUGUUCAUAAAGUUGCCGAAAAUAUCAUAGAAGAGAGAAAACAUACACUGGUGUCAGACACUAAAAAGGGCAAAGAAACAAAAUGCAAAGAUUUUCUAGGGAUUUUAUUAACAGCUCGGGAUGAAGAAGGAAUUGGAUUGUCGUCUGCUGAAAUACGGAAUGAAGUGGAUACAUUUCUGUUUGAAGGACAUGACACAACAACAAGUGGCACAUCUUGGACACUAUAUGAAAUAGCAAGGCAUCCAGAGGUACAAAGUGCACUGUACAAAGAGAUAAAUGAAGUGUUAGAGGGCAGAGACAAUGACAACAUACUGUGGGAGGAUUUGCCAAAAUUAACAUACCUGACACAAGUGAUCAAAGAAUCAUUACGCCUAAACCCUCCUGUCACCUUUAUACAGAGAGUGACAAACGAACCAAUGGUCAUAGAGGGAUACGAGAUACCAGAAGGAACAAACAUGAACAUUGUGAUAAUUAAUAUUCUCAGUAAUCCAACCAUGUGGGAGGAUCCGCUGACAUUCAAACCAGAAAGAUUUUCACCAGAACACAAUGAUGAAAGAGAUCCUUUUAGUUAUGUUCCUUUCUCAGCAGGACCAAGAAAUUGUAUUGGACAGAAUUUUGCAAUGAAUGAAAUGAAAACUGUUAUAGCAAGGAUUUUACAUAGAUUUCACCUGGAAUUAGAUCCCACACACAAGGUAGAACGGCAGCUGGCAGCAGUUCUAAAGUCUAAGGAUGGGAUCAUGAUGAAAGCCAUUCCCAGAGAGAAGCUUUGAACAAUAUUUUCACACACCAUAAUACACUGCUGGUGUCAAACACGGAUGAAAUUGUAUUCAGAUUAUAGAACUGUACACGGCAACACUUUCUACAAUUAUGAAAUAUAUUAUUUCCUCUUAAAAUAUGUGAAUUGUAAGUCAAUGCUUGUCCAUAUGACCUGAAAAUUGUGUGUUGAAUUCAAAUCAUGUUGUUUUAUAAUGUUGCUAGUUCGAAUUAUUUCAUAUGAGUGCUCUUGGAAGAAUAGUGGUUCAAAUGAGGUGCCAACAUGCCUCAAAGCGAAGUAGGUUCUUCCUCCAGCACCAAAAGUGGUAAAUCGCAAUAUGACCUGUGCUUAAAUUGACAAAAACCUAAAUCCCCGAAUCGAGCAUCAGUAACUCUGGGAGUUAUAGGUGUUUUUGUUUGCAAUGUAUACUAUUUUGUAAAUUUAUACUGUGGAGAUACUUAGCCGUGUGUUAUAAACACAUAGCGAAUAAGGAGGGCUAUUGUACUCGCCUUGUGUCGGCUUUGGCAUUGCAGUUGCAUUCGGAGUAAAGUUUUACGGCAAGCUUCCCAAUUUCACUCUGUCUUUUGAAUUACUGCCCUAAUUUCAUCGAAGUUUUGGCCUUGGUAUGGGGCAUAGGGUCAGAUCACUUUAAUUGUUUUACAAUCCAUAAAUUCCCACAUAACAAAGUUAUCCAUUGAUGGAUCUUCAUCAACUGUGGAUCACUAUGGGCAAGGUUUUUCCCUUGAUUUGGUAAAAGCUAGGAACCAACAACCUGCAUGGUCCUUUUGUACAUAACUUGUGUAUAUCUGGAAAUUAGGUAAAAUUCAAAAUACAGUACACAACCUAUUUAGCGGGGGAUAUAAAUUCAUUGAAUUUGCCAGUUACUUUGAAUUCAGCACUGUCAAUAAACACAUAUUCAAUAUCUGCAUUUUCCUGAAAAAAUGUUGUUAACACUAUAGGUGUACACGUAAAUCCAGAAUGAUUCCAUGUUCUACAUUUAAAGCACUUUUCCCACUUUGAUGGUCAGAACUCGGUAAUUCUGUGUUUUUACCACAGUUUAGACGGCUGUCCAGCGUCAAUUUGUCAUCUUUUCCUUGUUCUUAAUGAUUUAAAUAAAAAUUGCAGUCUUUCGCUGGCAGUCAUAACUUUGUUCUGAAUUCCUAAAGAGUAUUUGCCCCUUGCACUUCAUUGUAGAAUCUGUGCCAGACAAACACUUCGUUUUAUUUUUUAUUGUAUGUGCUCCUCAGCCACCUCACAUACUGCUGUUUUGUCGUUGUCUGACGAACUUUCCAUUUACGUCUAGACCCAUUCGCCUAUCCUUAGGGACGCAUACGUAUGUGCAGUUCCGUCUUUUUAGUUAGAUGCCCUUUUACAUAUAAGUUCAAAUUGUUAUUGGAAUUUUAGUCUACUAGUAUUAGGUUGCGUUGAAUUACCACCGAGAUCCAUCUUGCCACAAAUUGAUUCAUAUAGAAAAACAUGUAAUAUACAUUUCCUAUUAAUUUAUACCUUAUUUGGUUGUGAUUAGCAGUCCUGGAAGGUUUCUAACGCGAGUCGCAUGUUGUUAAUGACGUGUUUUUAAAAAGGCAGUUUCCGCCAUAUAUGGCUUGCAGUGGUUUAAUUCAUUCGUUCAAAUCAAUACACAUUGUGUCUUCCAUAGAUGUAGCGUAAAUACCUAGAACAUAAUAAAUGCGUUCAUCGGUUAAAGCAUCCCUGUUUUAAAAGGUAUUUCCUCAUCACUUGUAAAUUCAUGAAAGAUGACAGUAUGCAUUUUAUCAUUGACGUCUGGUGAAUAAAUGUUGGUCCGAAACACAUCGGUUGGUCCCUGUUGACAUGUUUUGUAGGAGUAACAUGAAAGUCACGUACAAGAUACAAGAAACCUAUUAAAAGCGUGAUUAUCAAUAUUAAGUCACGCUUGCAACUUGUGUCAUCAGUUUCUGAGGUAAAAUGCAGAUAUAGUGUGUACGUUAUCUAUACGGUUAGUCAUCGAAAAGCUGUUGAGCGGAGUGUUUGAGAAAGGUACUGAAAACUGAUGGCAGGUGCUUUGUGUGGAGGAAAGCACUCACUUUGCUGUCAUUGGCGCAUUUUAUGUAAGAAAAUCCGCCGAGUAGUAAGGAAAAUAUAGGCAAAAUGUUACCUGAAUCAAAACUUCUCCAUACGGAUUCCAAAAGUCACGUAAGUUGGCCACCCUGUUCAUGAAAUAUCUAAAAUCCUCGCUGUUAUAAAACAAGUAUAAUUAUAUAGAUACCCAUCUGUCAGCUUACCUAAAUUGUCUGCACUCAGUACGAAAUCAGUUGCCUAAUGUCAUUGUGUAUACAAUGUUUCCAGAAGGAAAUUCAUGCUGUUUACAUUGGCACUCUUUAGUGAUUUAAAUCAUUCGACAGUGACGAUUCUACAAUGUAUUUUAAGGUCCAGUCGGGCCUUUAAAUGAUAAUUUGUAAUUCAUCUUUCUCAAUUGUUUCUCAUUGCUUUACUUACGGUAAUCACUUAUAUUUUUAUUGCUUAUCGAUUUUAACAUCCUCUAUUGGUCUGUUUCCUACCUGACUUGUAAUCGUCUCACAGACAUUUUUCUGCUUCAGAAUUGUAAUUUUGUUAAAUGUUAAUUAAUGAAAUCUAUAAGAAUAUCCUCUAGGAGCAUAAAUGGCAAUUAAGGCAGAAUAAUAACUGUUAGAUCAAGGCUGUUCAUGAGAGGUAAAGCAAGAUACAAAUUACUGACGCCCCAUGUGGUUCUGGGACGAUCUGUGUAUAAAAAGAAUUGGAACCACUGCCUUACCCUUGCAUGAUCGUAAGAGGCGACAAAUAGGGUCUUAACACUUGGUUUUGCAGUAACUCUGUGAUUCCAGCAGGUGUUCAAAUUUUGAUUCCAUACCUCAUGUUUUUAUUUCGAUGUAAAUGAGAUGUGGAACCAAAAUUUGUAGUCCUGUUUGGCGCCAUAUAACCUAUACUGUGUUGGUGCGCCGUAAAACCCAAAUAAAUAAAUAAAUGAAUUACUGACAAAAGUUCCAACAUAUUUUACAAAUACUGACCUAAGGUAUUUUUCUUUUUCAACUGUUCUGAUUGGACCGAUGAAGCAAAGUCCGAUUAUUAGAUAUGAGGUUGUUAGCAAAUGGAUAUAAAAUCAUUUAUGUUGUUCACUCGCUUAAAUCUAGUGUUUUACAAUGCUAAUCAGUUUCCAGCCUCUUUCCAUAUUCGUUAUUAUAAAACCUUGGCACAGUCUCGGAAUAUAAUUCGGCCGCUCAGACCAGAGUUCGUGGGUUUGAGAUCCAAUAAGGUCACGGUCAUGCCUUCUCAUUGAAAUCAGUUCUUGUUUUUCCAGGAAGCAGACUCGAGGGUGAUUUCAAUAAGCUUCAAGCUUUUUUCACAAUCAAGCUAAAACAGAUUAGUAUAAACUACCUAAAGUCUCGGCAUAUAUAAUGUGUUUGUAUUGCCAGCUGUAAUAAUAAAAUGGUUGUGACUUCAUAUGUGUAUGCGUCCGUGAAGUAAAUCUAUAUAUGAGUAAGUAAGUGUCCGUUGACAGGUUGUUUGACAGGUACAGUUGAAUGUGUAAGGCUAUAUUUUGUGAAUAACAUACUGUGUUCACCCAGUCCAAUGAACAGAAAGUGAACCCAAACAUAGCUGAUUUUGGGUAUAUUACAUUAUGUUUUAUGACCCCUUCAUGUUCAAAUGCAGAAAUCCUCAUCUAAACUGGCUCUAUAUUUUUGGGAGGCACAGAAAAUCAGGAAAAUGUACUUUAUCAAUUACAUUAAGCAUACAUUAAUUUAGUAUGGCCUAAGAUCCAUGCUUUCCAUGAGAUUUCCAUGCAAGUCAGUAAAGUUUUGACAUUGAGGGUUAUUCAAACAGUAGCAAACAUAUUUGAACUAGGACACAGAUUGAAAAGAUUGUAAACGUUUUAUAAAAUUAAAAUACAAUGUAGAAUUACUAAGAAAUUAACACAUCACUCAAAACUUAAUAUGUGAGGAUGUAAAGUCUCAGAAAUAAGGAAAAUGUAAACUUACAUGUACUUUGAAUUUUUUUAAUGACCCUCAUACUGCAGGCAGGUUUCAACUUUUUAGGGUGUAAAAUAUAGAAAUUUAUAUUUUACUGAUGAAAUUCCAGAGCAAAUAGCAUAAAACUCAGUGGAUAAGUUCUUUUGUUCAUAGGUGGAGCACCUGAAGGGCAUAUUCAAAGAUAUGAGGAUAUAAAUUAUUUUCAGUUUGGAUACAUAACUUUUCCGCAAAAUGCGCACAAAAAUUGACUAGUUUUCAUGGUGACUUUCAGAAUAUUUGAUUUUAUAUUUUUAUAAAUAAAAUGCAUUUUUACAAUUGUAUAUGUGUGUUUUAAAUGAUUAAAAUGCAUCUUUAGACCUCUGUAGCAGCAUAUCGUUCAUAGGAGUAAAUAAUUUGACCAACCCUAAUUUUGUGAUGCCAUCUUGGUUGUCCAUGUCAAGUUACCUUAAAUAAAAAAGGGAAGAGUACACGUAACCGUAAAACUGAAAACGUGCCCGAAUAACUUGUAUUGGCCAAAAUCUUUUCAGAGCUUCUGACAGUUUUAUCUCUGUUUAUUUACCGUUGUAAUGUCACAUGAGGUGAAGCAGCUACUCAGUAUGAAAACAGAUUUUCUAGUCCUGUUUUUUUUUAAUUUGCGCAUACAUUUCAGUUUGUUUUAUUGUUGUAGGCAGUUUUGUCAUUUUGUGUAGGAUGAAAAGUAUGUUUUACUAAAAAUUAACCUGGUACAUGCAGGUUUUGUUAUUCCUAUAUUGUAUUAUACCGGUCAUGUACAUGGAUGCGAAUUUUUGUAAAUAUUGGAGGUGUAAUAUUUUUAAAAUGUUAGCGCUGUCUACUUACAUGUAUAUGUUAAUUGUAUAGGCAUGCACAUUUAAUCAUUUAUUAUGCCCCUGGUUUCGAAGACCCGGGAGGAGUAUAUAGUGUUUGAAUUGUCCGUCUGGCGUUUUCUUGUGUGCAUAUAUUGUCGUGACUGCCUAUUCUGAUUUGAUGUCUUGAGUUAUUCACGGUCCUUGUUGGACUUUAAAAUGUUAUAUCUUUAUGGAGUUUGUACACUCAGCUUCUCCCACAGUUUUUAUCCAAUUCAAACAAAACUUAAUAUUCAUCGUUUGCAAAAAUAUUGCUUUAUGUCACACGCGUAUGUGUACUCAGCUCUACAUUUUCUAUCCAAUUUAAAUACAGCUUGCGAUUCACCAUCAU